AUGUCCAGAGCUUUGCUCCCAAGGAGCUCACCGUUGCGAGCGGCGAGCCUUCAUGGCUUAGAGGAAGUGAGGAGCUUCAAAGAGGCCCAGAAGAAUCGAUCCCAGCGAUCGCAGCCAGUGGCGACAGGUGCCCAGGAUGGUCAGCAGGCACAAGCUGGGACCCUACAGUUUCAGGACCUCGCUGGUCAUGGCAAGGAGACACAGGCAACCUUGGAGGAGGGAGGGCAGCCAAGAAAGACAUUGGAGGCCUUGCAGGCCCAUCAGCGCGCGGAGCUUCAAAGGGCUCUUCAGGAGCAGGAUAAGGCCUCGCGGGGGCAACCUGCAGGCGUCCGAACGAAGGACAGAGCAGCUGUCAAGCAGGCCAAGCAAUUCGAUCAUCACUCUGAGCCUGAGCGAGCAGCUCAGGAGAUGGCCCAGCAUACAGGCGAAGUGGAGGAAGACCAGACUCCCCACGAACUCAGCAUCCAGAGGGCACUUGAGGAGAAAGACGCUGAGCACAGAAGUAAAUUGCAGGAGAAAGACGGUGAGCACGCGAAGAAACUGGAGGAGCAAGAAGCUCAACACCGGAAGGCGCUUCAGCACGCGCUCGAGGAGCAGCGGGCCGAGCACGAAGCCAAGGUGCAGGAGAUGGACAAGCGGCAGCAGCAGCAGCAGCAGGAGCAGCAGCGGGAGCAUCAGCAGCAGCAGGAGCAGCAGCGGGAGCAGCAGGAGGAGCAGCAGGACAAGGGGGAGGAAGACCAGACUUCUGACAAGCUCAGCAUUCAGAAGGCACUUGAGGAGCAGCAAAGUCAACACCAGCUGUCGCUGCAGCGCGCGCUUGAGGAGAAAGAUGCUGAGCAGAGAGGGAAGUUGGAGGAGCAACAAGCUCAACACCAGAAGGCGCUUCAGCAUGCGCUUGAGGAGCAGCGUGCCGAGCACGAAGCCAAGUUGCAGGAGCUGGACAAGCAGCAGCAGCAGCAGAAGACCAGACUUCCGACAAGCUCGGAGCAGCAAAGUCAACACCAGCUAUCGCUUCAGCGCGCGCUUGAGGAGAAAGAUGCUGAGCAGAGAGGGAAGUUGGAGGAGCAACAAGCGCAACACCAGAAGGCGCUUCAGCAUGCGCUUGAGGAGCAGCGUGCCGAGCACGAAGCCAAGUUGCAGGAGAUGGACAAGCAACAGCAGCAGCAGCAGCGCAAUGGCAGUCGAGAGGAAGACCAGACUUCCGACAAUCUCGGCAUUCAGAAGGCACUUGAGGAGCAGCAAAGUCAACACCAGCUGUCGCUGCAGCGCGCGCUUGAGGAGAUGGACAAGCAACAGCAGCAGCACAAGGGAGAGGAGCAGCAAAGUCAACACCAGCUGUCGCUGCAGCGCGCGCUUGAGGAG